CGCAGAGCGGCUCCAUGAGGGAACCUUGAGGCGGUUUCCGGUGAAUGGCGGCGAAGGGGGCGAUGCCCGAAAUCCCCUUCACGAGGGUCGUGUCCGUGUCCAGCGAGGACCCGCGGCACCCGGCGCAGAACCUGCUGGACCCCGACGGCGGGGGGAAAUGGAGGGGGGCGGCGGCCGGGGAGAAACAGCUCAGCGUGGUGCUGGAGCUCGGGGGGUCCCGUCCCAUCAACUCCCUGCACAUCGGGAAUGACGGAGCCGCUUUCGUGGAAGUGCUCGGGGGGUCCUCGGCCGGGGGGGACUUCCAGGUGCUGCUCCCCUCCUCAGCCCUGAUGUCCCCCAGCGAGAGCCGGGCGGGGACGGGGCCCAGGCGGGUUCGGCUCUUCGGGCCCGAGCACCUGGUGGGGGCCAAACACACCUGGGACCGGCUGAAGGUGGUGCUGAGCCAGCCCUACUGCCAGAGCCGCCCCUUCGGUCUCUCCUUCAUCCGGGUUUUCGCGGCUCCCGAGGAAAACGAGACCCCACCUGAGACACCUGUUCGGCGCUUGGGCCCCUUCGUGCUGCGGGGGGAGGGGGCAGGGAGCCCCCCCCGCCGCCCCCCCGGGGCCCUGUUCUACCAGCGCCCCUCCCCCAGCACAGACCCCCCAAAGGACCCCCCAAAGGACCCCCCCGGCCCCAGUUACGCCGUCGCUGCCCUCCAGGCCAGCGCAGGCUCCACCCCCAAGGGGGGACUCUCCAGUUCUUCCAAAAUCUCCCUCCAGGCCAGCGCAGGCUCCACCCCCAAGGCUGGUGCAGGCUCCGCCCCCAAGGCCGGUACAGGCUCCUCCCCCAAGGCUGGUGCAGGCUCCUCCCCCAAGCCCCCCAAGCGCCGCCCCCCUCCCAGCACCAACGGCACCACCCCCCCCAAGCAGCCCAAGCCCCCCCGGUCCCCCCGGGCCUCGGGGACCCCCCGAGCCCCCCCCGGGCCCCCCCAGAGCCCCGGGGGUCCGGUGCUGGGGGGGGUGGUGCUGGUGCUGAGCGGGUUCCAGAACCCCCUGCGGGGGCAGAUCCGCGCGGCCGCCGUGGCCUUGGGGGCCCAGUACCGGCCCGACUGGACCCCCGACAGCACCCACCUGGUGUGCGCCUUCCCCAGGACCCCCAAGGCCGCCCGGGCCCGGCAGCUCGGGGGGGUCGUGGUGGGGCCCGACUGGGUCUGGGACUGCCAGAGGGAGCAGAGGAGACUGCCCUGCGGCCCGUACCUCCUGGACGGCUCCGCCUCCUCGGGCAGUGAGGAGGAGGAGAAGGAGGAGCCUGAGGACACCCCGCCCCCUCCACAGCCCCGCCCAUCCCCCAACGCAAAAAAAGGGGCGGGGCCACCUCCUGCCCCUCCACCACCUGCCACAGCCCCAGCCACGCCCCCUGAGUCAGGUGACAGCGACAGCCAAUCGGAGGAGGACGACCCCUACGGAGGCUCCACCGAGGAGAACAGCGAGGAGGGGGAGGGGGCCGAGGAGACCAUCCCCCCCCUGCCUGACUUUUUUGAGGACAAAACUUUCUUCCUGCACGGGGACUUCCCGGAGGGGGAGGGACGGCGGCUGAGACGGCUCGUCAUCGCCUUCGGGGGCACCCUGUCCCCCUCCCUGGACGACUCAGUGACCCACGUGGUGACUGCCCAGGACUGGGACCCCGCCCUCGAGGAGGCACUGGAGCUCCGCCCCUCGCUGACCUUCGUGCGUCCCCAUUGGCUGGAGCUGUGCGGGGAGCGGCAGCGCCCCCUGCCGGCCGCACCCUUCGCUGUUGGACCCCGUGCGUGAUGUCAUCUGGGUGAUGUCAUCACAGCCCCUGCCCCACUUCCCAACCUUCUCCCGCCCCACCCCGAGGGGAAUUAAAGUGGUUUUGGGUA